AUGUCCGAAUUCGUGAAGUCGUUGCAAAUCAACAAAUAUAUUUUAUCAAAGUUGUGGUAUACAUCUCUCGUUGUUUACCAAGAAAAUGCUAAUGAUAAAUCUCUUUCUUGUCAGAGUGAUACUGUAGACUAUGUUGAAUCUGACUCUUUAAUCGAAAGCGUAAUCCGUUCUCAAUGUUCAAGUCAGCAUCAAUGGAUCAUUCAAACAUUAUUGCAAAAACUUAUUGGCAAUGUAGCUUCAGACAUUAAAAAUAUAAAGAAUCAUCAUAGAUAUUUGCAAAUGAUACAGGCUUUGCAAUUGUGUAAAAAUUUGACAAUGGAUAUACAACAAAGAUUACUAAUGACAUAUGAAACUAAUUCAGAACAAACAGACUCAGAAAUACAGAAAGAAUUACAAGAAGAAUGUUUUACAUUUUUAAGGCAAAAUGUUUAUGCUAAUCCAACUAUCGUAUGUUGGAUAAUUAAUGAAUUAUUGUCUUUGUAUUUUCAUACAUCACCAGUGAUGUAUCAUAAUUUGCAAGACUUUUAUUUGUCACUUAUAAAUGAAUUACUGCAAUAUAAAUCAUCCAAGGAACAAUUAAUUGACAAUCCUCUUGGAGGUGUAUUAUGUAUUAUGUCAAGAAUGAAUAUAAUUGAAUUGAACACGAUUGAACAGUUACAGUCGUGUUUUCCUAUGCUAUUAAAAGUAUGUAACAUCCAAGAUAUUGAACUUGCAUUAUAUUCAAGGAUAGAGAGAAAACCUUUUAACGCAUGGUGCACGUUUCUCGAUGAAGUCUAUGCAUAUUCCAAACUUAUUGAGAAUUUGGAUGAUGCAGUGAAAAUACAAGAUUCAUUAUUUACACAUGAUUCUAUCUCUGAACUAAUUUUGAUUAAGAGAAAUCUUAUAGAAAGAGUAAUUAACACGAACCUGCAUUGGGUAAUAGAUAUUUUGGAUAUUUGUUAUAUUUUAGUGACAAAUGGAAAGUAUGAUAAUGUUUCAUCAAUACUAAGCUGUAAAUUAUUGAAAAGUUUUUGGCCAGCCUUAUUAUUUAAGGUUUUAAAUGACUGUAUAAAGGAAGAAAUUCUUUCUAGUACAGUUGAAAAACAUGAUAGGUUCACGUGUGACUCGAUUAAAUUCUUAAUAUUAAAAUGUAAUUUUGAUACAGUUCGUGAUUCUACUUUACAAGAGUUUAACAUUGCAUUGAAGAAAUAUAUGAAAAUUGUGGAAUAUGUUAUGAAUUGGAUGGAAGAUACCUUUGGGAUGAAUAACGACAUUCAAAAUCCAGAGCCAGUUAAACAGAGAAUUUCUAUAAAACAAAUAUUCACCCUCUUGCAGCAUUUUAAUAGCCUUUUGGUAUUAAAAAUGACAAUAAAUUUGCACGAGGAGGAGUAUAGUAAAAUAAGAAAUCUGUUAAAAGACGUUUCUGAGCCUGAAAAUAUUUUUUCUGCAUACUGUAGUAUGUUUAGUGCUCUGAAAGCUAUUUUAUUAUGUGAUAGUUAUGACACGAGACAAAGUAUUAUUACACGUCACAUCACUGAAAUGAAACGCUAUGUAAACACUUUGUAUCCGCUUAGUCUACGAAUAGAAGUAAUCAAGAAUAUAUUUUCGUUCCUUUUUUUGAGACACGACGACUUCAACUGCUCGCAAAAAUCUUACGAUAAAAGUAAUGUAUCUACCUCAGAUGGACAAAGAAAUUUUGAGAACAAGUGGAUGAGUCAGACUUCAACAGGAUUUGUUUGCAACAAAUACGCCAUAAGAGAUAUAUUACUUUAUUUGAAAGAAAUCGUGUUGGCUACCGAAAAUGAAUUUAGAGAAAUGAUAGAUAAAGAUGAAUGUACAGAAGAUACAAAUCAAAUUCAAAAAGACAUUUGUUCCAUUAAUGCGGCAGUAAUGGAUGCCAAGUGGAGAUUAGAACUUUAUACGAGUUCACAGUUUACAGAAGACAUUAAUGUGUAUAAAGAUGCGAAUAAGAAUCUUCUUUCUAAACCGAAAGCUCUGUUAGAUGGAAAAUUAAUUUCAAAUCGUAUUAAAGAGAAAAUAUUUUUUUAUCAACAAGAUAGCACAUCGGACGAUACAAAAACAAAAUCGAAUAGUAACUCGGAUUCAGAACUGAUACAUAAUAAUGCCAAAUAUCGAAAACAUUCUAAGAAUGUAACAAUAACAAUAGACGCUACAGCAACCAAAGAUGUAGCACAUAAACCAUUGUUCGUGAAUUUUAUGUUGGCAACUAAAGAAAGCCUAGUUAUUCAAUGUUUAUGGAAAAAUGAUUAUGCAAAAGCACAGGAUAUCAUAGAGGCAUCUGAUAUGGAAAAUACCGAAUUAAAUGGUGAACUGGAAUUUUCAAAAGCAUUAUACGUGUUCAGAGAGAAUAUAUACAAAGAAACAAACACACUGAAGGAUAGAAAUCGAUCUAAAGAAAACUUACAGUUUUCCGCAUUAGAGAACGUAAGAUUAGCUGCAAAAGAGGGUAUACAUUCGUCCAGACAAACUAGCCAACUCGAAACAUUUUUGGCAUCUCAAGAAAUCAAUUUACAAAUGCUAAACGUGGAUAUUCUCAGCAGCAACGAAAUGUUAACAAUAUGUGUGCUAGAUAUAGCUUUAACUAUGAGUCAAAUUCACUCGGUGUCAAUUAAUCUUUGCGACGUCGCAAUCAAGUAUUUGAAAUUAUGUAAAACAUUUGACAAUACCGAAUAUUCACAUUUCUUUUCUAGAAUUUAUCAAUUGUUACAUGAAAAGAAAGACGAAUUCUCUAUAGAAAAUAUACUCUGUGAUGCAAGAAUUUCAUUGACAAUAAGGGAGUACAAAGAGAAGGAAGACUUUUGGACUGAUAUUGCGAUCAAGUAUCAUGAAUUCAAAGAAUCACAAACAAAUGAAGAUAGAAUCAAUAAAAUUCUGAGAGACAGCAAUUAUUUGGCAGGUUUAAAAAUACUUAGCAAGAUGCCGACUAUUUCCAGCGCAACAGGAAAAUAUAUACAAGCUAUUUGUUCCCAUUUACAACUUCUGCAUAAAAUUAUUCCAAAGGAUCAUCCGACACUUACAGUUUCUGACUUGCUAAAAAUUCCAUUACAUUAUUACUUUGGUCAUCAAAUAUUUGAACUUGAAAUUGAGCCAAAUAAGCUUGAAACAAUUGCACACAAUUUGCAAGUUAAUUUAGUAUACAGCAUUCUUACAAAUGCUUGUCCGAGACUUAUACGUGAGGAUAGUAUAAAAUAUUCUGCCAGGAAUAAGGAAAAUGGAUGCAUCGUUUUAAACAAAGCAUCGUGCAAAUUGGAUUUACAUAAUAAAAUACAAGGACCAAAUCAAUGUGUUUCAGAAAUAUUAACAGAAAUUUUGCAGAUCUUGCAAAAUAUGAAUGUGCAUCAGUUUUCUUUAAGACACGACAUUUGUGAAUCUAUUUCGAAGCAUCCUGAUAUUCGAGAUGCAUUGAAUAAAACAUCCAGUCUUGUGAAACUGGAUUUGAGUGAAUUGUCCACGGGUGAUGAAACAUUGGCGUUUCUUUUGAAUACAUGGAAUCUUAUGUUUCUUCAUGCUUGCCUGACUGUGUGGGUAGAUCGUACGCCGUUUAGUAAUUUGCAACACGCGAUUUCAUUGAUGUCGAUUGGUUACUUUAUUGGUGAUUUGGGUUUAGUAACAUUUACCGCGCUCAGAUCAAAAUUGCUCGAUAACAUAAUGCUAGAUAAUAAGUUCUUCAUGGAACUCGAAGAACUUAAUGAACCAGUGUGGCAAGAUCUAGACAUUACUCACGAUCCAAGAGUGAUCUUUAUGAUGGCUAAUGAAUUUUAUGGAACGCCUUGUAUCCGAGCCUGUAAUCCAGAAACGUUAAAUGAAACUCUAAGCAAGGCUAUCCGGGAAUAUUUUGAUUAUUAUUCACCGAUUCCCGAGAAGCCUGAAGGAAAUACGGAAGAGGAAAUAACAACAGUCUUGUUGCCAGAUGUUGUGAAACGUUAUCAAAAUCUUGUUUCUGAGAACAAAAGUAAUAUAUGUGAAACUAAUAGCAGCGAGAAUAUGUUGUCAGUGGAUGACUAUUACAAGUCUUCUAACAAAAAUGUGACGAUACAAUACAUGCUGCCUUCAUAUUCGGAUGGUGUGAUAUUGAAAUACACAGAUUAUUUUACUAUGCAUCAUCAGAAACAGACACAUUCGAACGAGGAUGUAUGGAAAGCUCAUACUAUACGACCAAGUUUACUACAAUAUUUGGAGAAUCAUUGUUGGGUCGUUUCUUAUCUUUUACAAAGAAUACAUAAUGAACAUCCAACUAUUUUAGAAAACAGCUGUGAUAACUUGAAACGCACUGCUUGCCUUGAAAAUCUCUUGAGCUCAUCCUGGGUAGACGAAAUGAAAUCCCUCGUUGAGAAUAAUCAAACUCUAGCGGUUAUUGUUGAAACGAUACCCAUACAGAAAUUAUGGCGACAUUUUGAAAUUGCAUUAGAACAAAACGAAUGGCAUACUUGUUUGAGACUUAUAAACGCUUUACCGGAUAAUUUGGUUACGAGUACGAAAUUGCAAUAUUUUAAGGAUAAAGUUCUCAGUUACAUUGUUUCGAACGAGGCUACCAAAAUAUUGCAGUAUAUAUAUCAAAUUAAAGAUAUGCAUAUAUUAAGUCAGACAGUCUUACAUAAUAUGGAUAAAUGGGAUGUAAGCGUUUGUGAAAAUGCUUUACUUCAUGCAUUGCAUCAUGUAGAUAGUUACAAGUUGCCAAUGCACUGUAAAUUAGAGUUAAAUGAAAUUCUGCGUAGAGUACUAAUUUUUCAUCAAAUGCUUCCAUAUUGUAUAACCAAAGGGAACGGUACUUGGUAUGACAUUGCUUAUUGUACAGACAAGAUCGAUCCAUUUCAAGUUAUCAAAUCAUUAAUAAAUGCAGACAAAUUUGAAUUGUGCUUGGAGUGGCUGGAGAGUCAAGCAUUCUCUUUAGAAAUACAUCCUUCCAAAACACAAGACUUUCUGAUAGGCCUCUUAAAAAGCGAAUCUCAAAACUUCAAACAAACAUUGAAGUUUCUUCAAGCAUUGUCGUUGAAUCAAUCGGUCAAAUUGUGCACGGUCGCAUUAAAGAAACUAGAAUCUAUCGAUUCGUUACAAUUUAUUUGCACUUAUUUAUUAGAAAAUUGUAAAGCAACUGCAGCAAUAAUAUAUAGGAGAACCUUGAUAGGAAUUGAAAUUUUACGUAUGCUGGACACUCAAGAACGACUAUUAUACAUUCAUUUAAUAAAAGAACCACUGUUAAUGUUAGAGCAAUUGCUAAUGAAUUGUAAACUUGAAUGUAUUCAGAAGAUAUUGAAUACACUUGAGGACAGAUUGUCGAAAGUGGAUAUUUCAAGGGACGGCUUCGAUAAGAUUGUCAGAUUUUAUGCCAAAAAGUCGUUGGAUUGUCGCGUGUCUCUACAAUGUGAUAAUACUGAGAGCAAAUCUAAAACUGUACAACAUUCGGAAUCGGAAAGUACUGAAUUCAUUAUGCCCGUGCUAGUUCCUACUAAAGAAGAAUGGGUACCAAAUGAAAAGGCUAGAAAAUGUAGUUGUUGCAAGACUGUCAUAUUUUCCAUGUUCAACAGGCGACAUCAUUGUCGCAGAUGUGGUCGUGUGAUUUGUGCCCAGUGUUCGCAGCAUCGCAUGCAGGUAUCUGGUUAUCCACCAUCUGUAUUGGUGCGUGUAUGCGACGAUUGUAAGCAACAGACUGUACUACAAACGCAAUCGCACCAAGGAAGAUCAUCUACGCCCAGCAGUGAAAUGUUUGAUUAUUGGAGAUUAACGAGAGACGAAAAGCAUAAUGAAACAAUUAGAGAAGAAUUUUCAUUUGAGUAUGCACCGAACAUUUCUCUGUGUCUGGCCAUUCUUAACUUACAUUCUGAUCAUGAAACGUACACCAGCUUUUUAUUAGACCGUUGCGACGAAUUUAAAUGUCUUUUACAACCUGUUAAUGGAGAAAAAGUAAAUCCAGAAGUGGACCAUACUGUAAUUAUUAAAAUGAUACGAUCUCUGUUAGUCGCUGCGAAGGUUAAAUGUGCCAAGCUUGGUCUUAAUGCCGGACUGGUUCAUUGUGACCGUUUCCUGUCGCAAGUAGACCUUAUAGCUAGUUUGGUCCAAUUUGAUUGCUUGCAUCUCAUACCGUCUGAUAAUUUGGAUGGACAUGCUUUGAGGAAGUUGAGAGAUCUGCUGAUCGAGAAGGAACAGUGGACCCUUGCUCUGGAUGUGAGUACCAAAGCAGGAUUGGAUACUCAAGGUGUUUGGGCGACCUGGGGUAAAGCAUGUUUGAAAAUAGGAUACUUUGAUCAAGCUCGAGAAAAGUUUCUCCACUGUCUCGACAAAAUUCAACACGAAGAUUUUGAUGAUUGGGUGAUCCUGUCAUAUCCAAAAGAUUCGAUGACUGAAAACAGAAGAGGUAUCCGAAAGUCGGUAACUGAAAACACAAUUGACGAGAAUAAAGAGUUCACAAUGGAGGAUGAGUUGAGCGUAAGAAAAACAGAAAUCUCGAAAAAUCGUCCAUUAAAGGAUCCACCGUUACUUACGGAAAUCCUGCAAAUAUUAGAUAACUUGAGCACAUACAAACAACACGUACAGUAUGAGGAUAGUCAGUACAAGUCUAGUGCCCAGCAAGAAAUAUCAAAUAAUUUUAGGUACCUUAAAGUGACAAAUCAAGGGCAAAGUCUUGCUAAGAACGCGCAUUCAGCUAUGCAAAACGUUUAUUAUUACGAGAGUCUGUAUUACUUGUUAAUAUGCGGCAGCUGCAAUUCAAUCUUAGAAUUUUUUCUAAGACACGAUGAAUUUAACGAAUGUCUCGCGUUUACUUUAGAAACUGAUCCAGAACCCGACUUAUUCUACAAUGUCAUUUAUUUGUACUGUUUAAAGACUGGCAACACCGAGAAGCUUCACGAAGCAAUGAAGAGCAAAGAUUGUAGUUUGCUAAUUUGGAAAAAAUAUUUAAUAUACGUCUGUCACAGUCUGGAGAAGAGACAUUACCUGAAUAUUUUAUAUCAGUUGCAACUGUUCAUGAAAGAUUCGAUCCGAGCGGCCAUGACAUGCAUCCGUUUUUAUCGUAAUGAGAUCAAUGAUUACUCAGACUUGCACACCAGAGGGAAUUUCUUGCUCGAAGCACAGAAACACUUGGAAUAUGAGCUACAGGUCGAAAGUUUAAAUAGGAGAAGAAAGAAGAGCACAAGUUCCAUGCACAGCAAUCAAGGAAUCUUGACAAUGGAAAUGGAACCUUCGGAGAUAGACAAACAUAUAAACACCAUCAGUAGACAAAUGGAAAUUGUCAAAUUUUUGGCAACUUGUGAGAAAGAGGGACGGGCUCCCGUUGAAGUUUUGAAUUUCUUUCCGGGCAAAGAUUCCGACAAUGUAUGUACUACGGAAUUACCAACAUUAUUCGGCAAUCAACAGCAGAAAAUCGAUCUGGCUGUUCUAGCCAUACUCUGUGGACGCAACAUCGAAGAAGGAUUUGGGAUUGCAUUCAGAAUAAUGCAAGAUUAUAAUCUACCACAACAGAAAGUGUAUUCUUUAGCUGGUCAUAUCUUGACACUGAGAUACAAUAUUCCUGGAAUAGAGCAAUUGAUUAAAUGUUGUCACACUUCUGGAAUACCAAAUUCAUACAUUAUUUCAGAUUAUGUUCUAACGCAUUGCGUGAAAUUAUUACUAAAUCGAUUGCACGACGAGCCGGAAUCAAGUUUAAAAAAUGAUGUGCUCAAUCUGAUUAGAUUAAUAACAGACAUAGAACUGAAAAUAAACGCGUAUAUCGAUUGCAAGCAAUUAAAAGCUGCAUACUUGGUGGCUGUUAAGUAUUCAAGAGCACACGAUAUAAGAAAAAUUUUGAAAGAAUCUGAUAGACUUGGUCAAAAUGCCAUUAAAGCGAUAUGUAUAAAAUGGCUUCAGCGAGAACUAAAGUCAUGA